UUCAAAAACACCGAAAGAGAAAGGAAAGAACGAGAAAACAUCGCCAUGAGAUGCCUAAAACAAAGCAGACGUGAAGGGGAGAUCUUAUUGAAAGAAACAAUUUGAUGUUCUGGCAUGCAAAUUUCAAGCCCUUGAAGUAAUAAAAAUCUGAGGCCUUCCAAAGGAAGUAAGAGAAAUCACCACAAUCGACUGUCAGGACUUGAGCUAUAGAAACCUUUGCAGUCCAUUGCCAAGAAUGAGCAUCACAAGAAACAGGAAUCUAAACUUGGAGUUGUGUCUCAUGUCCUGUGGAUCAUUAGGAGAAAUACACUCAAAGCAAGAUACUAAUUGAUAUUGGGAGAGAAACGCAACAAAGUGCAGUCAACACCCCUCUACAGGACAGUACUUCAAGGUUGACUGUGCAGCUAAAUCAAACACUUAUACUGCAGUUGUACCAUGGGAUGUAUUAAAUCCAAAAGCCCCUUCCCGCACACUACUCUAGAAGACGGAAGCAAGGAAGUCACCGGCUACAAUAGUGGAUGUAACAUAGAAAGAUCUUCCCUUCUGCAGGGGAAGUCUGGGACAACUUCCUCAGUAAAUGCUGCGGUACUGGACUUUGCUCACCGUCUCUCCAUAGAUAUUCUGGACCAAGCUGUGAAACAAUGGGCAAUAACUGAAAGCAAAUACAGCGACAUCCCCUUCAUAGAAAGUGAUGAGCCAUGAAUUGCAAGGCACGACUCCUCUCAACAUGUCUCUGUCAGGCAUCUCAUGUUUUGGUGCUAGCGCAAAUAAAGCGAUGUUCAGACAACAGCAGUUGUGGAUUUAAAAGACACCAGUUGUACAGAGGCAGAUAGCCUUGGUUAAGGCAUUGUAAUACAUUGCCUUUACAUUAAAUCUUUAAUAGAACCACAGUACCAUCCAGUGGUUCUAGGGCUAGUGUUUGGCUCAGUGCACCAAUAAAUCCCAUUAGUGUUCAGUAUUGACAUCAGAACUAAAGAUUUACAAGAACAAGGUAUAUGUGCUCAUGUUCUUUUGAAACCUGUGGCACAAUGGGCACAGUUGAAAAAAAACCAAGAUUGGGCCAGGAUUUCAGGAACAAGGCUAUGGCUGUGAGAAUUACUAAUCUAAAAGAAAUGUUAAAUUUAAGCACAGGAUGCAAUCUUGGCAAAGUUAAAA